GCCAUCAUGGCCUACGAUCGCUACCUGGCCAUUUGCCGGCCUCUCCAGUACCCUGUGCUCAUGAGCCACCAGCUCUGCCUGCUGCUGGUAGGAGCCACAUGGGCCUUCUCCGUCCUCAAGUCAGUGACCGAGAUAGUCAUUGCCAUGAAGCUGUCUUUCUGUGGCCACCAUGUGAUCAGCCAUUUCAUGUGUGAGAUCCUGGCGGUGCUGAAGCUGGCAUGUGGUGACACAUCCAUCAGUGAGGCUCUCUUGCUGGCUGGCAGCACUCUGCUGCUGCCCAUGCCCCUGGCAUUCAUCUGCCUCUCCUACACUCUUAUCCUGGUCACCAUUAUAAGGAUGCCCUCAGCUGCAGGGCGCCACAAAGCCUUCUCCACGUGCUCGGCUCACCUGACCGUGGUGGUGCUCUUCUACGGUGCUGUCAUCUACAUGUACAUGACACCCAAGACCAAGCAGGCUCACAUUUCCGACGAGGUCUUCACGGUCCUCUAUGCCGUGGUGACACCCAUGCUCAACCCUGUCAUCUACAGCCUGCGGAACAAGGAGGUGAAGGAGGCUGCCAGGAAGGUGUUGACCAAGAACUGGACCUCCAGGUGA